AUGACUGUCGCCAUGACCGAGCAGAAGCAAGAGCUUUCCCUCUCGUCGGAGCACGUCGAUGAGAUGCCAGUCAAGGCUGAAGAGGCCAUUAGCAACGGACUUUGUAUGACGGAUGAGCAGUAUGAUGCCAAUGAGAAGAGUCUGGUACGCAAGUUGGACUUUACUCUUCUGCCCAUGGUCUGGCUGCUUUACUUCUUCAAUUAUCUCGACCGAAAUAAUAUCGCACAAGCACGUCUCAGCAGCUUUGAACAGGACCUUGGUCUCAAGGGUAACCAGUUUAAUGUUGCAGUGUCGAUCCUGAACGUCGGAUACAUGCUUAUGCAACUCCCCAGCAACAUGCUCCUUACUCGAACCCGCCCAUCGAUGUACAUCCCAGUCUGGACUGCUUUGUGGUCUAUUGUGUCUGCCGCUACUGCUGGGGCUGGUACUUACACUCACUUGAUCGUCAUCCGAUUCUUCCUCGGUGCCAUGUUCCUGCUCAGCUGCUGGUAUCCUCGCAAGGAGCUUGCCCUUCGAACCGCGAUCCUAUACUCUGGUGUUCUCCUCGCCACCGCCUUCUCAGGUCUCAUUGCCGCUGGUGUUCUAUCAGGACUUGAGGGCGCUAGAGGUAUGGCUGGCUGGCAGUGGCUAUUCAUCCUCGAGGGCGCCGGAAGCUUUGUGGCUGCUAUCGUUGCCUUCUUCGUGCUGCCUGACUUCCCUGGACAAAAGACUGGAGCGAUGAAGUGGCUGCUUUCGGACGAUGAACAGAAGGUGGCUGUUGAGCGUAUCAACAGAGACCGUGUCUCUCUUCCAGAUGCUGAUCACGGUGUCUUUGCAGGCUUGAUGAUGGCUGUCAAGGAUCUCCGAACUUGGGUCUUCGUCAUCAUGCUUACGGCCAACCAUAGUGCCUAUGGCUUCAACAGCUUCUUUCCCACCAUCGUCAAGGGGUUCAAGCUCGGCAACACCACCCUUACCCUCAUUCUUACUGCCCCUCCUUAUCUCAUCGCCACGGCCACUGCCUUCGCCACAGCAUGGUCCAGCGAUCGUCGCAAAAACCGAGGCUAUCACAUCGCCAUCCCUCAGGCAGUCGCCUGCAUCGGCUUCAUCAUCUCCGUUGCCACACUCAACAACGCCGCUCGAUACGCGGCCGCUUUCCUUUACAUCUGCGGAUGUUUCUCAUCCAACGCGAUGGUCUUUAGUUGGGCUAGUUCAACUCUGAACCAGACGCCUGAGAAGCGAGCGUGCGCCACUGCCAUCAUCAAUCUUCUCAGCCAGCUUGGUAAUAUCUGGAGCCCUUAUUUCUUCCCUGCUAGUGAUGGACCGCGCUACAUCAAGGCCAAUCUGCUCAUGAUGGCCUUUUCGGCGCUUUCGGUUGCGACUUGUGUGUUCAUGAGAUUUAGCUUGCAGAAGGCGAACAAGAAGCUUCGCGAGUCUGGUGAUGGUAUCAAUUUGUUUACCCUGUAA